AUGCUUUACACUGACGGGGCAUCAAAUGAAGACGGCGCGGGAGCAGGAUUGCGCCUAGUAAGCCCAGAGAAUCACGAAUUUACUUACGCCAUAAAGUUGGACUUCAAAAACACCAACAACGAGGCGGAGUACGAAGAAUUUUUGGCAGGCUUACGCCUCGCCAUCAAAAUGGGAGCCAAAAGUUUACGAGCGCAUGUCGACUCGCUCCUGAUAGCCAGCCAAGUCAAUGGCAUAUACGAUGCGAAGGGAGAAGUCAUGGCUUUGUAUCUGGAGCAAGCAAAAGAAUUGCUCCAACAAUUCAAAUCUCACAAGGUUAUACACAUCAAUCGCUCCGAAAACAAACCAGCUGAUGCCUUGAGCAAGCUUGCUUCGACUUCUUUCCAACAUCUUGCCAAAGAUGUAAGGAUAGAAGUACUCAAGAAUCCAUCAGUAUUAUUGCGACAAGUGAACGCGGUCGAAAUGGGGCAACCAUCAUGGAUGACCCCAAUAAUCCAGUACUUGCAAGAAGGGGCACUCCCUGAAAACAAAGCGGAAGCAAGGAAGAUUCAAAACAAGGCCCUACACUAUGAAAUGAAUGGCGGUAUUUUGUACCGAAAAUCCUUCUUGGGACCACUACUGCGCUGUGUGGACUCUCAAGAUGCGAACUACUUGAUAAGAGAGAUCCACGAAGGGAUCUGCGGCAUUCAUUCCGGACCACGGAUGGUUGUCGCGAAGAUCAUGAGCGCAGGCUACUACUGGCCAGGGAAGCAUGUCGACGCACUCAAGGAGAUCCGCAAAUGUGACUCUUGUCAGAGACAUUAUCCAAAAACACUGCGCCCCAAGAACGACCUUAUCCCUGUAUCCACUGCAUGGCCCUUCCAGCAGUGGGGAAUUGACAUGGUUGGACCCUUCCCUGAUGCUCCCGGCGCCGUAAAAUUCAUCAUAGUGGUCGUUGAUUAUUUCACAAAAUUUGGCCUCCCGCUCAAGAUUGUAACCGAUAAUGGCACAAACUUUGCGUCGGAAGAUCUCCAGAAGUGGAUGAAGGAGAUGAAAAUUGAACACACUUUCACAUCUGUUGCGCACCCCCAAGGCAACGGACAAGUGGAAAGCGUGAACAAAUGCAUUGUCGAGGGAAUAAAGGCCAGACUGGGCACAAGGCGACGAGGCUGGGUUGAUGAGCUCCCGAGCAUCUUAUGGGCUCAUCGAACCAUGCCAAAAACGAGUACCGGCGAGACCCCUUUUAGCUUAGUAUAUGGCUCAGAAGCGGUUAUCCCGGCGGAGAUUGGCCUACCCUCACCACGCAUGACAGCGGUCAACACGAUCGACAAUGAAGCGGAGAGACGCCUUGACUUGGACUUCAAUGCAAUAAUUGCAACGGAAAAAACAGAAACGAUUCAUAUAAUGUAA